AUUUUGUUUAAUUAUGACGAUUUACUGGGUUUUUUUUAAAGACAAAUAUCAUAUUGAAAAUUCCCGAAAAGUGAAAGGAAAGCAAAUAUUUUUGGAAUAAAACAUUUGAUGUUGUUUUUUUUAAAGUAUCGAUACCUCGUCUUCGGUAAACUAACAAAUAUUUUUAUUUCUACUUCAACCAGUGUUUUGAAUUUACACGUUUCACAAGCUCAGUGUUUUCAAUUAUCCAAACUACUUUUAUCAGAGAAAUUCUUUCGUUAAUAAGUGUUUUCCGUUUUACUUUUGGAAUAGUAAUAAGAAGCUAACACAUUAAAUUUUCUGAACAUUUUUGGAAACUUACUGCGUUAUUAUUUUGAGUUACUAGUUCUUGCAGAUUCUAAAGAAGAAUGAGCACAGUCGACUUGUACAAGAUUGUUAAUUCGUAUUUAGAUCUUUCACGGCCAGAAAGCAGAACAUUAACUAGAUUUGGAAAACCUCAGAUUCUGUUAAACAAGUUACAAUGUCAUGCAAUAAGAAACACAGAAAAGUGGAGUUCAACGAUUGAACCUGUAACUAUCUCAACUGAACCUUGUGACGUCUAUAGGAACGGCGCAGAACGUGCAAUUGAUGAAAAUAAAUCUUCUAUCAUAGGAGAGUGCUUCAAAAUAACGAAAGGUCUCGCUAAAGGAUAUGAGAAAAGCGUAAAAAUACAAGGACCUCGGGAAACUGGUUAUGAAAAGGUGAAAAUCAGACCUGGUAAACAGGAAACCGAUAGCACUGAAAAGUUUGAUAUCAGACUAAAUGCGAGCCACAGAACAAGAGGCAGAUCUGAAGCUGAAGUUAGUGAGAAGGAAUCCUGCUACAUAGGUAACUUUAAAGUUGAUGUUAAAUUAUACGGCAUGGUGAGAUUUUUGAGCGGCUCUGGUAAAUGUAUAGUCGAGAUGCCCUUUCAGCAGAUUGUGGCAGACUUAAAAAGAACUAGAAACCCUGGCGUGUCCAUGCUUCACGUGGACGAAAAAGAUGGUCUUCCCUAUUGUGUUACCUGGACAAUAGAGGGCGAGGCUCAAAUUCACUGGGAUUACACGCUUACUGUUGAUUGGGUGUGAACGAUCACUAAAAAAACAUAUCGUACAUUCCAUUGUAUCUUACUUUAUUAAGUAUGUUAUUUAUUAAAUAUAUUUUUUAUUAAAUAUCUUUUUAUUAAGUAUAUUUUUAUCAAGUUUUCUUUUUUUUUUUAUUAAGUAUUAUAUUUCAUUAAGUCCUAAUGAAUACAAUUUGCAAAACAUUCAUAUUAAAAUAAGAGUGAGUUAAAACACUAUUAUAAAUAGUUUGACAUUAAUAUUUUGUGAUUUUUGAAUGUCUUAUCUUCUGUUUUGAAGUAAAGUUUGUAGUAUAUAAGAUAAGAAAAUAAGAUUAAUAGAGAAGACUUUUUGAUGACAUCUUUUUCUUUUAAAUGUUAACAUCAUUAUUGCAAAAACGUCAUUGCUUAAUUGACGGUGAAAUUUUUUGUAAAUUUCCAAUAAUUACUACUAUUGUAUGUUUAUUUAUUUUUCAGAAACUUGUUUAAGAAAUUGAAUAUAUGCCUUGAUAUUUCUCCACUGCAACUUUUUAUUUAGUUUUAAAUAAAUAAAAACCCUAGUUGUU